AUGGGAAAGGCAAGUCUUGUCGCUGCCAAAAAAAGAGACAAGCUUAGAAAUUGGAACGAAUACCUUACUUCUCCAUCAAUUAGAAUUGAUGGACACGUGUCAAAUAUUGAACAGGCUGAUAAUUAUUUGAUUGAUUAUAAUUGUAUUCGUUAUGGUCAUGUAGAAAAUGUUUAUAGCAAUGUCAGAGAAAUAUAUUUUAUUCCAUUAGAAGUUGAUGAUAAAGUACCUGAAGUUGUGACAUUUUUGGAUUAUGAUGGUAAAAUACUCGACCCAGAAUCUGAUAAGAAACGUGAUUCAAAACUGUUGUUAGGUGCUAUUGUGAUAGCAGAUGCUGAAUCUAGUAAAUCGAAGCGACGACGUGAUGUUGUUAAUGGUGGUGGUAACAGAUUAAAUAAAAAAGAACAAUCAGAUCAUAAAUCUGGUGGUAGUAAACCAGAAUCCAACAAAGAAAAUAAAAAGAUAAAUCCAAUACAUAAUGAAUAUGCUUCUAACAAUUCCCUUACAACACAACAACCACAUCUUCCACCACAAUCACAGGCACAAACUUCUCAUACAUUAAACGACCUACCAAUAAAUCCAACACUUAAUAAUCAAGUAGAUGGAAUAUUAAAUAACUUAUUGACAGAUGUAAAGACAAAAAAUCUUCUUGAAACAUUAUUUCCACAACAAAAUUUGUCACAGCUUCAAAAUUUGCCAGGUCAUUAUAGUAAUAAUGUUCAGAUGCCAUCCAAUAAUAAUAAUAACACACCAGGGUUUAUAUUACCAGCACCACUACCAUCACAACAAAUAGCAUAUCCAUCACAAUACCAAUAUCACCCGAAUCAAUAUCAAAUUGUUUUACCGCAGCCGCCACCGCCACAAAUUAACCUACAAACUGUUUCGCCACUACCACAAAUUAAUCCACAAACACAAUAUAAUAAUAGUCAUCAUCAUGUUCAACCUGCAUUUCUUACAAAAUCAAGAAUUGACAGGUCGAAAACGACACCAAUCUAA